AUGGAAACCAACUUCUCUACUCCUCCGAAUGAAUAUGAAGAAGUGUCCUAUGAGUCUGCUGGCUACACUGUUCUGCGGAUCCUCCCAUUGGUGGUGCUUGGGGUCACCUUUGUCCUCGGGGUCCUGGGCAAUGGGCUUGUGAUCUGGGUGGCUGGAUUCCGGAUGACACGCACAGUCACCACCAUCUGUUACCUGAACCUGGCCCUGGCUGACUUUUCUUUCACGGCCACGUUACCAUUCCUCAUUGUCUCCAUGGCCAUGGGAGAAAAAUGGCCUUUUGGCUGGUUCCUGUGUAAGUUAAUUCACAUCGUGGUGGACAUCAACCUCUUUGGAAGUGUCUUCUUGAUUGGUUUCAUUGCACUGGACCGCUGCAUUUGUGUCCUGCAUCCAGUCUGGGCCCAGAACCACCGCACCGUGAGUCUGGCCAUGAAGGUGAUCAUCGGACCUUGGAUUCUUGCCCUAGUCCUUACCUUGCCAGUUUUCCUCUUUUUGACUACAGUAACUAUUGCAAAUGGGGACACAUACUGUACUUUCAACUUUGCAUCCUGGGGUGACACCCCUGAGGAGAGGAAGAAGGUGGCCAUUACCAUGCUGACAGCCAGAGGGAUUAUCCGGUUUGUCAUUGGCUUCAGCAUGCCGAUGUCCAUUGUUGCCAUCUGCUAUGGGCUCAUUGCAGCCAAGAUCCACAAAAAGGGCAUGAUUAAAUCCAGCCGUCCCUUACGGGUCCUCACUGCUGUGGUGGCUUCUUUCUUCAUCUGUUGGUUCCCCUUUCAACUGGUUGCCCUUCUGAGCACUGUCUGGCUCAAAGAGAUGUUGUUCGAAGGCAAGUACAAAAUCAUUGGCAUCCUGGUUAACCCAACGAGCUCCCUGGCCUUCUUCAACAGCUGCCUCAACCCCAUGCUCUACGUCUUUGUAGGCCAGGACUUCCGAGAGAGACUGAUCCAGUCCCUGCCCACCAGUCUGGAGAGGGCCCUGUCUGAGGACUCAGCCCCAACCAAUGACACGGCUGCCAAUUCUGCUUCACCUCCUGCAGAGACUGAGUUACGGGCAAUGUGA